UUUUCUUGUGAAUCUGCGUGUGUUUUCCGUGUUCUGUAAUGUUUGUAAGUCAUUUAUUUGAUGCUGGCCAGUGACACUGAACAGAAAUUUUUUUCUGCUUUCUGUUGCUCUUGCCAUACUUGGCUCGAAGCUUGCUUUGUUCAUUUUGUAAAUGAACACUCAGAAAAUCGAUUGCCAAGAACAUGUAGAACAGAACCGUGCACUGAGUAGGGACUGCAGUUUUGAUUAUGUUCAUUGCUCCUCCCGCUAUCCUGCUGCACAACAGCCUUGGAACAUGGGAUUCCGUGUUCAAGCACCAAGCUUGGAGGGAGGAUCACAGCAGCAAAAUCCUGGACUUGCUAAACCUUGCAGUACAAUUAUGAGCCAGUUUUGUUCACCAGCUUCUCCUUUCUAUGCAACUGAACCCUACAUGGGGUUUCCUCAGUAUGAGGCUCAAGUUGGUAAUCCUUCUUUCUGCUCCCAGCAUCCCAAGACCUAUGAUUCUUCACUGUUUCCUUCAUUUCAUGCUUCUGGGGACAGCUUUUCUAUUGAGGCGGUACCACAAGUUGAAUCCAACUUUGAAUUCAGAAACACAUUGCAGUCACUAGUGAAAUCCCAAAUUGGUAGCAAUCAAUACCAGAAAUCCUCUGAAAAGUGCUAUAAAAAUCCUUGUGGCAACCUGCAAGAAAGUAAGCUUCCUGCAGUUGAUCAAAAUAAGUUGCUUGGUAAUUUUUCUGGGAAUCACUUUUCAGUUCCUAUGGAAGGAAAUCAGGAUCGAAGAGGUUAUUGUAAUUCAUACACUUCCCCCCUCAUGCAGUUGAGCUUCUCUUCUCAAAAGGAGCCUCCAAGCUAUUCUCUGGGGAGUUUUUCUGUUUCUUCCUGUAACUCUGUUUCAUCUGGGGCUGUUCCCACAAAUAAAACAAGAAUAAGAUGGACUCAAGAUCUCCAUGAGAAGUUUGUUGAGUGUGUUAACCGCCUUGGGGGUGCUGAGAAGGCAACACCGAAGGCAAUACUGAAGCUGAUGGAUACAGAUGGACUGACCAUCUUCCAUGUUAAAAGUCAUUUGCAGAAGUAUCGAACGGCAAAAUACUUGCCAGUCCCUUCAGAAGGGAAAUCAGAGAAAAGAACUAGCAUGAAUGAUGGGCCUCAGCUCGAUCCCAAAGCUGGCUUGCAGAUCAAGGAGGCAUUGCAACUUCAGUUAGACGUCCAGAGGCGUCUCCAUGAACAACUGGAGAUUCAGAGAAAUCUGCAGCUGCGAAUUGAAGAACAAGGAAGGCAACUCAAGAUGAUGUUUGAUCAGCAACAGACAAAAAGGGAGAGCCUCAUGAAGAAUCAAGACUCCAACAUCUCACCGCUUGAUGAUCCAUCCUUUAUUCUAGACGAUGUUGAAGUUUCAAUUGAUGAGAGCACAGGAAACACUCACUUCCCAUCCAAGAUAAGUUAGCCAAUUAGAAAGUACGGAUGGAGUUCCUAACGAAUGCUUAUUAGUUAGUCUCUUCGGCAGAAUCAAGCCAUACUGUAAACUCAGUGAAUAUACAUAAAGACCAUAGAAGCAUACACAUAGGAAUUCAAGAAUCCUUUAUCCAUGAAAUCAUAUUUUUGCCUGGCUUUUGAAAUUGUAUCUGUUUGUAGAAGAAUGUGUGCUGAAUUUUAAGGUGUAACGGAUCUCUAUGAGAGCCAACAGGAUAUAAAAAUUAAAGAUUCAA